UCCCACGGCGGCGCUUCCUGGUGGCGAGGGAGCCAUGGCUCUCCCUUGGCUGCAGCGCGUCGAGCUCGUGUUCUUUGCUACCGCCUUCGUGUGCGGAGCCGUGGCGGCCGCGGCACUGACUUGGACCCAGGGCUCCUUCAGGGGCAGCUGUCCCCUGUAUGGUGUGGCUGCCCUGAAUGGCUCCUCCCUGGCCUUGUCCCGACCCUCGGCCCCAUCUCUCUGCUACUUUGUGGCUGGGGCCUCUGGCCUGCUGGCCCUCUACUGUCUCCUGCUUCUGCUCUUCUGGGUCUACAGCAGCUGCAUCGAGGAUUCCCACAGAGGCCCGAUAGGGCUCCGCAUUGCACUGGCCAUCUCAGCUAUAGCCAUCUUCCUGGUCUUAGUGUCUGCCUGCAUCCUUCGAUUUGGCACCAGUUCCCUCUGCAAAUCCAUCAUCUCCCUGAACAUAACUAGCUGCUCUGAUGCCCAGAAAACUCCAUGGAUACCCCCUGGAACCGCUCUGCAGUUUUACUCCAACCUACAUAAUGCUGAAACCUCUUCUUGGGUGAAUCUGGUAUUGUGGUGCGUGGUCUUGGUGCUCCAGGUCGUGCAGUGGAAGUCUGAAGCCACCCCAUACCGGCCUCUGGAGAGGGGGGACCCUGUGUGGAGCUCUGAGACAGAUGCUCUUGUUGGGCCACGCCUUUCCCAUUCCUGAAGACUAACCAAAGAGUACUCCUGCCGCCAGACUCCGUGCCCAAGUGCCUGCAGUCCUCUUGCCCCCACAUGGCCCACACGGCUGGGAGCCUGAGUUUUCCCUCCAGGAGGGAAACAUGAUUAACAGACCCCCUCUUCCUACAGCUGUUUUUGUACCAAAGUAUUAUAUUACUUUCUUUCUUCAUCUCA